AUGGCGUGCCCCAAGAACGUGGGCAUUAAGGCCCUCGAGAUCUAUGUCCCGGGUCAGGUCUUAGAUCAGAGCGAGUUCGAGAGUCACCAGGGAGUCUCUGCCGGCAAAUAUACCAUUGGCCUGGGUCUGCGGUCCAUGAACUUUUGCACAGACCGCGAAGAUGUCUGUUCUCUCGCUCUGACAGCGGUCGCAUCACUCCUACGGAAAUACUCAAUCGACCCGCGAUCGGUCGGCCGACUUGAAGUAGGGACUGAGUCUCCCAUCGAUAAGGCUAAAUCAGUCAAGACGGUUCUCACCCAGCUCUUUGCCGACAAUCAUUCUCUAGAAGGCGCUGACACAGUGAACGCCUGCUAUGGUGGAACAAACGCGCUAUUCAAUGCAAUUAAUUGGGUGGAAUCGCGCUCUUGGGAUGGCCGAGAUGCUAUUGUUGUUGCCUCCGACAUUGCUAUUUACAAGGAGGCUGCUGCCAGGCCAACGGGGGGUGCUGGGUGUGUGGCAAUUCUUGUUGGGCCCAAUGCACCGAUCGUUGCGGUGCCUGGGCUGCGUGGUUCAUACAUGACCCACGCGUAUGACUUUUACAAACCUGACAUGAAAUCCGAAUAUCCUCUGGUUAACGGCCAUCUCUCCAUCUCCUGUUUCUUGUCCGCGCUUGAUGGCUGCUAUGCAGAGCUGCGCAAGAAUGCCGCACACCUUGCAAAUAACGCGGAAGGUAGACAUCCAGAAGCGGUUGCUAUCCUUGCUAAGGAGCGUCAGAGUAUGAUCGACGUGUUUGACUUUAUGGCAUUUCACACACCCAACUGCAAACUAGUCAGCAAGUCAUACGGUCGAUUGCUCUUUAAUGACUUUCUGAAUGACAAGUCCAGAGCGGAAUUCGCCAACCUGAACCAGAAUCUUCGAGAUCUGUCAUACGAAGAGUCUCUUAAAUCGAAGGAGCUGGAAAAGGCGUUUAUUGAACUUAGUAAAGAGCGUUUUGUAUCUCGUGUCGAGCCUUGUAUCCGUGCCCCCAGCCUGUGUGGAAACAUGUAUACUGCGAGCCUGUAUUGUUCAUUGAUCAGCCUUCUGUCGCACGUUGGAUCUGAUGCGCUGCAGGAUAAGACCAUUGGCCUGUUUAGCUAUGGCAGCGGCAUUACUAGCACCCUUUUCACACUGCAGGUCGUGGGCGAUGUGAGUGCUAUUAUCGACAAGAUUAACCUGUUUGCAAGAUUGGAGGCGAGGCGCGUGGCGAGUCCACAGGAGUACGAAGAGGCCUGUCAAUUGCGCGAAGCCGCGUACGGCACAUCAAAUUUCACCCCAAGAGGCGAUCUAGCUAGCGUCGGGGAAGGAGUGUAUUACUUGGAGCAUGUUGAUCAGCAGUAUCAACGAACAUACACUGUGAAGUCUGCUACUUCUGACGCUUGUGGUGAAGUUAAUGGCGUGUAA